UUUUUACUGUUUCUAACACUGGGUCACAGAAGAUACAAAGGUUUUACAGCCCCACUAUAAAACAGCUCUUUAUCUUUUCUCCACUAAUUCCGUGGUGUCACAUUUAACAAAACUAGGAAACUGAAGAUAAUAUGGAUGUUUGCAGAUUAGCUGUCAGGUAAUAAAUAACACUAAUUUCACAUACCUACAAAUGUAAAGGCACCUUAUCACUGUUUAAGUUUCUCACUCUUUGUAAUGCCUGCCAACAUUUUAACCCAGGCAAAUUACAGUAUUGUUUUUGCUGUUUUUUCACUGGGAUAAAAUACACAGUCAUAAUAUCCUUUUAUCAGAUUUCAUGGUAUAAAAGGGCUUUGGUGCUUAAUUCAAGCUGUAUGUUGCUGAGGCAAUUCCAGAGUUCCUGUUUUGGAAGAUGUAUUUGUCUUACCUUUUAGUUGCCUUGUCUUUUCAGAGUGCUCUAAGUACCACUUGCCCGAGAAGAUGCAGUUGUGACCCUGCCCAGUCAGUGCAAUGCUACAGGGCUACAGAGAUCCCCAGAGAAAUUCCUUUUACCACCAGGAGACUCUACAUCAGCCACAGCAAAAUUAAGCAACUCCAGUUUACUGACUUCAGGAGAAUGUCAGUCCUUGAAGAGCUGGUCCUCUCGUGCAGUGGCACAGAAUCAAUAGAAAACAACACAUUCAAAGCUCUGAGCACCUUGAAGUCCCUGGAACUCUGCAAAAAUCAGCUAAAGCAAAUACCCACCUUUCUCCCAUCUGGCCUUGAAGUUUUAAGACUCGCUGACAACUCCAUCAAUGCUCUGCAUGCAUCUGAUUUUGCAGGUUUGAUGAAACUAAGGGUGCUUGAUCUUCGGAACAACUUGAUUGCAACUCUGCCUCCGAGUGCAUUUUCUUCCCUUUACAAUUUACAGAGUCUGAUCCUGGAUGGCAACAACAUGGAAUUUGUGUCUGCACCACUUAGGCUUCCUAGGCUGAAAUAUCUGAGCAUGGCUGAUAAUAAACUUUAUUCAUUCCCAACCAACUUCUUUGCAUCUUUCCAAAGUCUACAUUUUCUCAGCUUAAGUGGUAAUUUUCUGACAAAAGUGCCUCUAGACCUACCUAAAUCCCUGCUGUCACUAAAAUUAGAGAAAAACCAACUUAAAAUGGUGAGACUUCGAGAUGUGAAACAACUAGAAAAUCUGUCUGAGUUCCUGCUGUCAGAAAAUCAGCUGACAUCAAUAGAUGGUGCCCAGCUUCUUCCUAACUUAACAACACUGGAGCUCUCUAAGAACCAGCUCCACACUGUGCCCCUCAGGCUGCCCGGCAGGCUGCAGAAACUCGACUGCAGCAAUAACCUGAUCCAAAGGGUGACAGCACAGGACUUUCAAGGACUCCAAGACCUGAAGCACUUGUUUCUCGACAACAAUGCUGUCAGCACGUUUGAGGCGGGAGCUCUCCAGCCGUGUGUGCAGCUUUCCAAUCUGGCGCUGGAACAGAAUCUCCUCAGUUCUAUUCCGCUGAGACUUCCAGAAACCCUUGCUAGGUUGGAUCUAAAAGGAAACGACAUAGAGGACGUUGGAGAGCAAGAGCUAAAGGACUUGAAACAGCUUCAGGUUUUAAAUUUACGGAAUAACAAGAUAUCUCUGUUGGAUCGCAAAAUCUUGGAGUAUUUACCUCGUCUUCGCCAUCUGUAUUUAGAUGGGAACCCUUGGAACUGCACCUGUGACCUUCUCAGAACCAGAAGAGCACUGGUGGCCAAAGGGACGGAUGUCCGGGGAGGGCAGUGUGCAGCGCCGGCACAAAGCCGAGGAGAAAGCUGGAUGUCUUCCAAGAAGAUUCUGCAGCAGUGCGAAGACAAUCUGUCUUCCAUGGAAAGAGGCAGAGAGGACAGAAAGAAAAUGAAACCCGAUGAGGCCUCCAGUGUUGGAGUGAACACAGAUGAUGAUUACUACGAUUAUGAAUUAGAUUAAAGUCACAGUUUAUCUUUAGUGAACCUUAAAGUUGUCUAGAGCUGCCCAGUGCCACCAGUGUCUCUACUGACAAGCAGUCUUCUCGUCUGUCAUUAGCUUUUCCUGCUCUAGUUGUACUAAGGCUGUCAUUGUGAACUGAAUAUUGUAAAAAGAAACCAAAAUUUGUUUUUCUAUACCAUUAGUACUAUGUAGUUUGAGGGAAGCAAGACAUUACUAUGUCUUAGAAAAGCAGUCGGUAACUCUGUAUACCUUUUUAUAGUAGAACAUUUCUUACAGUUGCAUAAAACCCCCCCAAAUAAAA